ACCGGGCACCAGCACUCAAGCCAGUUUUCCCAGUUCAGCUUUAGCCGGCACUCAGCCAAGACUCACAGCUGCACACAAGCCUCAGUUCGUUCCCGACAACCGAGGCCUUCACAUCGCGCGCGCCGCUCCGUAACUACUACCCAAAAUCCCUCAGUUUAAUCAACAAACCGUCCAUAACGAUUCAAAUAUUCUCCACUCACGAUAAUAACAAGUGAACAAAGACAAAGUCGCGUGUGAUGUGGGGUAUAUACGCUUUUAUUUGAGUAAAUACACCCGGGUGAAUCGUCAAGUUGAGAUGAUGUUUUCGGUGCAUCUUGGGAGAAUUUCGUGAACUCGUUUGGUGGGUUACCCUCGGGAGAGGACCCCUGUCGGGAGGUUACGGAGGAAAGGUAUUUGAAAAACGAAAAAAAUAAAUAAAGAGAGAUACGUCUUCAAGGACUGAAGAGGGACUGCAAAUUCUCUCGCUCUCAACUUCUUUGUUCUUAUCGAGAGGGGUGGGGAGGGGAAAAAACUUGAAGGGACAGACUUUCGAGGUUUUCGCCUUUGCAGUGGUUUUUCACAGUGGGGAGUUUCGACUUGGUUUCUCAACGUGUCUCAAUUACUCCCCUUUUUGGAGUAACUAGUGAAGUGGUGGAAUCGAGAGGAUGUUGACUUCCAUAAAAGAUAUUAAACAUUUGUGAUUGAACGGUUUUUUUAAAGAGUGCUGAACCUUGGAUAUCACGUUUUUAUUCGUCCUCGAAAUGCCGCCGCCUGGUGAUCAGCGCUAGGUGGGCCCUGAAGUGAUGGCCUCGAUACUUGGUGAUGGAACGGGCCCGGGGGGUCCUGGACCCACUAGGUGUUUGCUCCUGCUCCAGAGAUCCAUUGCCAUUCAGCUCAGCCGAGGUCCACCCCCCUCUGUUCUCACCACCAAUCAUGACACCACCAAGGAGCAUCCAGCUGACGAAAUGUGGAUGUACGACAAGGGCUACAAUUUAUUCCAAAGCUUCUUGGAGGCUAAUUCCAAGUGCUGGUGGAAUGCGGCAUUGGUGGAUGCUACGAGGCAAUUAAGGUACAAGGGACAUGUGUCACCGGGUGUUUUGAUGGUGGGGGGUCCACCGUGCGCACUUGAAGUACUGAGAGCUGCAUGGUCGCGUAAUGUACUCAGACCACCGGCUGAUCAUGCCAUCACGUGCCUCGGUGACAUUGAAGAUUGCCUGGUGGCUCCAGUCUCUCAGGGUCAGUUCACUCCCCUGCCGGAGGCUCUGUGCUGGGCAAUCCUGGAAUUAACAUCCCAACGACAAGCAGCUACCCUGGAUACCCUGAGAUCAGCCCUGAGGAAUGCCUUCCCCACGAUGCAGCGACCGGGUCGUGAUUUGGUUUACGAUGCACUAGCCAAGUUGAUGCAGGAGAGAAAGAUUUACCACACGUCCCAGGGGUAUUUUGUCGUAACACCGGAGACAAGACGACUGAGACGGGACUCUGGUGGUUCGAGGCGAAAUUCACGAGAUGUGGGGAGUUGCCGGGGACAGGGUGGGAUGCUGAUGAGCAAUGAUGAGGCGAUGGCACUCGUUCACGGGGAGAUGCUCACCCUCAGGGACGGAAACGUGACGCAUCAAGCUGUACAGACUAAUCUCGCUGACGUCAUUUGUGGAGGUAAUCCGAACGACAAAGUUCUGUUCGCUCGAUGCAGAUCGGUGCCAGGACGUUUGGAGAGGCGGCACUCUCUUCGACUCUGGGGUUCAGCCCGGAGAUUGCACAGAAGCGGAAGUUCCCGUUCAUUACCCAGAAGACCGGACAGAAGUGACACAUCAUCAAGCGCCGAGUAUGCCAGUACAGACAGUGCGCCUCACAGUCCCACUAGUCUGUCUGGAAUAUUUUCAGAGAAGAUAGGCCUACUAUCGAGGCUGUUUCGGCGCAGCACCAGGAGGAAGGGUACACCGUUGAUGGGUACUUUCAGUGCACAGUAUCCGCCUACUGAGUGGUUCAAUCCCAGAGUCGUUCAUCUUCACAGCGUUGCAACUCAGACGAGGGCUGCCAGCCCGUCGAUGAUGGAGGGACUGGACCAGUCGCAAGCUAGUUUCCAAGUGUGGGAUGACUCGAGUUCAGUGCGUUCAGCGACUCUCCCUCGUCGUCACAGACGUCAACCAAGUGGUGAUUCAACGAGUCUCUUGGCAAAUUCAACUCCACGCAGCUCAAGACGACAUCGUUCACCGUGCUCCACCCUGCCCCGCUCCAAAUGCUCGAGUUUGAGCCGAUGCACCUCCAGGGCGUCUGUAUUGCCAUCGAGUACAAGCCAGGAUCCUUAUCAGGCCAGGGUACAGAACCAGAAUGGUAAACACUCGAGCAACUCAUCGCCAAGCAGAAGUGGCGGUAGUUCGGGAUCCGUUAGAGCCACUAACGGAAGUCCGGCUAAGACAGGAACACUUGGAAGAUCGAGUACGAGGCACAGCUCGAGAAGGCCCAGUCAUGAUUCCACUGGAAGUGGUACCAAAUCCUCCAACAGCUCUCCACAGCAUAAAAUCCUGCAGAAGACGUCUUCGAGUCAAUCAACGCACUCGAGUGGAAAAUCAGCGUCGAGUGGAAAGCUGUCGUGCUCUCCCCUGAAGACAUCGACAAUCACCUCCAAGUCAUCCCCUUUGAAGAUUCUGCAGCAGGGUACCCUGACGCCUCUGCAGGAGGCGCAGAAUUCGAUAACUCUUCAGGUAUCCACGAAUCUCUCUCCAGUGAGUCCACCCCAGGAACGUGCCAUCUCCAGCAGCGUAACCCUCGCCUCGAAUGCAUCAAGUACCACCACCAUUUCAGGCUCACCAGGAACUAAAAUCUACGUUCACCAAAACAACUCGCCGAUGCGAUCUGUUAUAACAUUCGAAAACGGUACAGCCAAGAAUAUAACUGAGAAGGACACUUGUCCCAGUAACAAGGAAAAACAAGAGUUGGUCAGUGAAAAAGUGCAGAAGGCAAUGCUGGAGAAGGAGAAGCUUGUCAACUCCAAAACAGAUGAUGAGAAAAAUCGUAAGGUCGAUGAGGAUUGGAAGCCGAUAAAACUCGAGAGACCGUCGUCCCUCUACACAACUAAGGAUCAAAAAUCCGAGUCCGAUAAAGAGAACAAACCAAAGGCUGAGGAUGAUGGGCCCAAUAAACUCAAACUAACCAAUCGCCUGAAUAACAGUCAGGCCCACUUGAUCGAGGGCUCUGCCAAUAACAUGGACAGGAAUUCCAACGAUAAUACAUCGGUAUCAGUUCCCACCACAAAAAAUACGAAUGAUGCAAUGAAUAAUUCACGAAAGCUCAGUCUUUCUCUAUCGAAGGAUGCACUGAGCUAUCGAAAUCUACUCCGUCCAGGAUCGAAGAACAAUAUCGCCUCGAAUCCACCUUCACCGACAAAGUCUUUUGAUGGGUUUGGGGGAUCUUUUAACAAUGUCUAUAUUGAGAAUCUAGAGAGCAAGAGCCACAGGGCCCCUCAGGGCUCCGAGCCCAAUCUCGAAAAAACUGUCAGUCGAGGGGAUCUCUACUCCUAUCCCAGUCUCAGUGACAUGCAAGUCCAGUUCACAAGUCUUGCUGCACAGAAAAUACUCAAGGGCUGUCCCAUCAACAGUGUUGAUACACUCGUUGAGGUCAAUAUGGCAGCUGCUGAGAAACCCAAUAAUCGAGAUGUUACCGUGCACACAGACUUUGGUCUUGUUUGAGAGAUUCCUUUUGAUUCUCUCGAAAAUUGUUGAAAGUCACGUAUGAAAUCAUUUUGUAGAAAUAAUUUGGUUUUCUCAAUAAAUAAAAAUAAAUAAAUAAACCAAAUGAAAAAAUAAGCUGAGGAAAUUUGAGGGGAACAUUUCAAGAAGUUUUAAAAUAGAAUGGGGAAGAAGUAGAAUUGCAAGAAAAUUCUUUUUUUUUUUUUAGAAAGCGAUAUUUCUGUGAAUGUUUUUCAUACGUGGAUGAAAGUUGAAAAUAAAGGUUUCUUUUUAACCAAAUCAUGAGGUAAUAUUUUUGAGUCAAGGAGAAACGAGCUUAGAGGUAGAAUAAUGUAAUACAAGCACUAUUAUCACAGCUCUGGGUGUUCGGGGAGUCUGUGCCAGCCAUUCCAACGAAAAGUAUUCGAUAGUUGAUUCAUAGUGGCCUGUAAUAUAGUAAGAUUCAGUUAUUUUCAAGCAUUAGAUUAAUACGUUUAUACACGAGACAUGGAUAUAAAAUAAAAAUCAAUUAUAACAUGAGAGUAUCCUAUAGGAAAACUCGCCUUGAAAUUAAAAAUACGUAAAUAAAUCCUGUCCUGUAAUAAAGAGAAAUUAACAAUAAAAUGUCAUUCGUAAUUCGUGAUGGAAAAAUCGUAUUUUUUAUUUACGCGGUAGAUUGGUAAUAGCUCUCGUGAUUUGAUGAUGAGAGAAUGUUUUUUUAAUCAACGAGCUUCCUCACAGUGAGUCAAGGCCUCUCGUGUCUCACUCUGGAUCCGAUUCAAAAGUUAACUGAGUUAAAUUCGGGGUGGAAAUGAUUAUUUUAAUAUUUCGAACAUUAGCGCUGACUUUUGUCCGCAGCUUUGCAUCGCUUUACCACGCUAAAACGAUUUGCUAAAGCCCAUUUCUCACAGAUCAUUGCUUUUGUCGCGAGAUCCUCACGAGUCUCGUUAGGCCUUGAAAAAUUAUAUAACAAUUCGGUGAAUACGAAACGUUUAAGUAAACUCAUCUAUUAACGGUAAAACGUGUAUUAUAUAACGAGAUGUAGAUUAACUGAGUGAAUUUGCACAAGUAGAAAUUGCAUCCAAAAGAUUACGUCUUUUUUUUCUUUCGGAGUAAGUACUGGUGCAAUUAAAUUGAAAAUCCGUCGAAGUGCCAAAACCGUAGGACUUAUUCGAGGAACGAGGGAAGAAUGUAAAAUGACAUUUUCAAAAGUAGAACGAUAGGAAAUUUUGACACUGUUGCAAAUUUUUGACUGAAAUUUCCGGUUGAUUUUUCGGCUGUUGAGAUUGUAUUUACGUUCCAUUGAGGGUUCAAAAAAUUUCUGAAGUUGAUAUCAGUUCCAAUAAUUACGGUAAUGUAUUUUUAUAUUUUGUUUUUUGUUGCAGGAUUUAUUCUCCGGAGAAUAAUCAACGAUUUGAGAAAAGAGAAUCUAAAAUAUUUAAAAACCACGAAAAAUCAUAAAAAAUUAUGUAACAGUGAGGAAGAGUUAAUGUUUUGAAUAACUCGGCUUUGUACAUUGACACUUUGAUUUACGUAUAAUAACGAAUGGAACUCGAUAACUCGAGAUCUGACGCAUGAAUUAUUUUCUUUCCCACUUUUUUACCCACUAACAUUCCGAUUUCGUCGAAUUUACACACAUUUUUCGAAACACUUGUAAAUUAUCGGGUAGACUAGGUGUUACACAUAAGAUCAAUGUUAUUACAACUUUGUAAUGUAAAAUAUCAAGUUUACGCAGCAAUAAAUAAGCUUUGGUUUAAAUAAA